GGUCUCACUAGUCCUGUAGUGGCUCGACCUGGCGGACGGCCGUCGCCUCUACCAAGGCUGCUACUGCUGGACUACGUCUUCUCACACACAUCUACCCGAAAAUCAUCAUGGAAGCCGAAUAUCGCAUGAAACGCACAUACAUUGGCAAAGUGAAGGCUGUCAUCUUCGACUGGGCAGGUACCGUCGUGGACACAGGUGUGAUGGCGCCAGCGCUGGCAUUCCGCGCCAUUUUUGAAGAAGAGGGCAUUGCAGUGACGGACAAUGAAGUCAGAGAGCCGAUGGGCAUGCACAAAAGGACGCACAUUGAGAAAAUGCUGGAGAUGCCCACUGUUCGUCGCCGAUGGGUGGAAAAGUUCGACCGAGAGCCGACCAAGGACGAUGUCGACCGCAUGUACGCCAAGUUCGUGCCGAAAAACAUCGAGGCUCUGGAGACGCACGCUGACGUCAUCACCAACGUUCCGCAGACGGUGGAGGAGCUGAGAGAUCGGGGCAUCAAGAUCGGCUCCUGCACCGGGUUCGUGCGGCCCAUCCUCGACCGGCUGAUGCCGAUCGCGGCGCGCAAGGGUUUCAGUCCCGACGUGAGCGUCACCGCCGACGAAGUGCCGGCGGCCCGUCCGCUGCCGCACAUGGUGUGGCUGAACGCCAUCCGACUCAACGUCAGCCCCAUCGAGGCCAUCGUCAAAGUAGACGACACGGUGGACGGCAUCCGGGAGGGGCUGGCCGCCGGCUGCUGGACCGUCGGUGUCGUCAAAACGGGUAACUACGUGGGCCUGUCGGCCGCGCAGCUGGCGGUCACCCCACGCCAGGAGGUGCAGAGACGCAUGAAGCGCGCCUACGACAUCAUGACCGACUGCGGCUGUCACUACGUCAUCGACUCGGUGACGGAGCUGCUGGUCGUCAUUGACGACAUCGAGCGCCGACUGGCCAGCGGCGAGCGGCCCUGAUCGGGCGCAGAGGAAGAAACCUGGCCGAGCCACGGGAGCCAGAUCAAAGGCGCCACAUCACUGCGGCCAGAGGUUUUAGCCAAUUUAGUCAAAUGCGUACGAUCAUGAGUGCAUAAAUACAACAUGGUUGCGGUAAA